GGACGUUAUCAUCAUAAACCAUGACGGUUCCAUCCUCAUACAACGCGGCGGCAUCCAAUCUGCAACAGGUACAGCAUGACCCUUCAAUCCCACUGGACACUUCCCUUCUUGACAAGCUCAAGAUGGAGCUGGGUGAGGACACGGACCGUACAUUAGCUGCAACGCUUCUCGUCCAGAUAUCUCAGCUUCUUCCGAUCUUGCAGGAGGAUCCUACUCCAGUCACGACCUUGGGUAUCAGAGCAGCUGAAUAUUUCACCUUUACUGACCUCCGCUCCGUUAACCCUCCGAUAGACUUUGUCGCCGGUUUCCAGGCGCCAUCGCCAUCAAUAAAUCUACUAGCUCUGUCUCUACUUGCCAAGGCCGGAGAGACCCCCGGCGAUGCUGCUGUGGUUGCUGGUGAUUCUGGACUUGUCGCUUCCUUGGUUAAACUCUGGCUUUCAACGUCCUCAACAGAAGUUGCCCAGGCGGCUUUCGACACGAUCUGGUCGCUUCUUGAGAUUGACUUAGCUCAAGAAUCGCCAGAAGGUCAAGGAUUAGUAUGGAGGAGACUAUUUACUGACAAGAAUGUCUAUGGCAUUUUCUUCUCCUUGUGCAGUCUGUCUGAAGAUGGCCCUCUCUCAAAACGGCAGAAAUCAAUUGCUCAAGGCAGAUUGAUGGAUUUUAUUGUAGAGGCAGGUCGACGUCGCUGGGACAUGAUCUCUCACUCACAGAUUGCUGAGAUUGAAGAUAAAUACCGGUGUAACAGUCUGUUGCACUUCGCAGCUUGUCGAAUGGUUGACACGAACGAUGUCCUGAUGCACAUGACCUUGCUGAACUUUUUCCGUGAGAUUCUAGAGAUUGACGCCCCAGGUCUCGUAACUAGGAGCUAUGUUCAAUCAUCAUCGACCGUUUCAUCGCCUGCCUUGGAUUUCCUCAUCUCAGAGGACUUGCAUUCGCAGGUGUUGGGUUACUAUCUGGAUGAAUCCAAACUAGACCCCAUCGAUCUCACGUUUCUUGCCAAUUCAGUCAUGGCUUAUGUCGCGCAGUAUGCCAGACUAUAUCCAAAUCACCUAUUGCAGAGCCCCAAAAGCGUGUUAGACGGUAUUCUGUCGCAUGUCGCUGGAUCUCUUGCGAUCUCCUCUGCGCAGUGGGCACAUGGGCCUGUGCCAAGCGGUCAUCUUCUCAUCCUUUCAUCACUUCCCCGGGUCUUGCUAGUGAAAGUCAGUGGACAGUCUUCAGACCCUCUAUUGGCCCUUCCUACCAGUCCUCCAAGCAAAGAAGCCUUGGAUACAUUGGGCAGAAUAUUCCACGGACCCCCAAAAAUUGAAAUACCCACCUCUAUGGAGUUGGGCACAUCGGGAAAUACUCCAACGGAUUGGCAUAGGGAGGCUGCCGCGGCUCGGAUCCUAUAUUUUACAUAUUUGAAUACCAAUGCAACUCUCUGGGCUGAUGUCGUCUAUGCCGCUGAUGUACUGGCUAUGAAAGAGGUCGCAUUAACGGCGCUUUCUUUCAUGAAAGCUGUCAUCACAGCGAACUGGCAGACUUUGUCACCUGAAGUAACCCGGUCCGCCUCUCAAUAUCAGCUCCCCUCCGAGGACCAGCUGGGUUGGCUGUCUCCCGCUUCACAAGGGACGCUUCCUUCCUCGGGAGUUUGGGCAGUGCUCACACCGCCAGCAUUAACCACCUUGCUUCCAUUCCUUUUCAAACCGCCGCGGUCAUAUGCUGAAUUUGCCGGAGGUGGGGCGGGAGACGCAGAAAGUGUAGUGUGGAAGGUUGCCACCGCAAAAUAUGAAGUUUUGGUGGCUUUAUACAAUCGCCUCAAGGAUUCUGGCGCUCAGGAAAGCGGGUUCGAGGAUAUCAUGCGUACUCUCAGGCAACGAGUAACCGAGGGUCCAUGGGGGCCUGUGGCUCAGGCUGCGAGGGUAGAGACUAUUGGACUGUGAGCUUAUAAUUCAAAUGAGGGGGAUGCAAGACGAUACGGCGUCUCUCUCACUAAGGAAAAAAUAUAUCUGGGUUUACGAGAUACAAUGGUAGAAAGGGUGAAACUUGGUAUUCAUUCGUAUCACUUAACCGUACCCAUACCGCCUACCUACACUGCUCAAGUUCAACGAGAGUGUACCUUUUGUAUAUGCUCUUCAUAAAAGGUACAUUCAGCCUAAAAUUGAAUACCUU